AUGAGCAAGCUGGUCCAGUUCCAUGCACUUCAUAUUUAUAAAUGUCAUAGAUACAUAAUAUAUAGUAUUUUCUUGAAUGUUGUAUUUUUGUGGACUAGAUAUCGGAAUAAUGUACACAUUGAAGCUACACCUUCAUUUUUAUUGUGUUCAAUUUCUCCACAGGCAUGGCUGACUUUUGCACCUGUGGCCGACCAGACAGCACAAUAUCUGCGAGUCUCUCUAAAUCUGGUCAACUGGCUGUCGCUAGUCUAUAUAGUGGUUGCUGUCUUCUUCAGUUUGAUCACAACAUGGGUGCUGGACACACUGGGACUGCGCUUCUCGCUAAUCAUGGGCUCAUGGCUCAACAUGUUGGGCGCUAUCCUGCGUGUCAUUGGCAUGUUAAGCUGCAUCCCAGAGCGGGCCAUUUUCCCUAUGGUCAUGGGGGGCCAGACGUUGUGUGCCUUCGCCCAGCCUUUUUUUAUCUUUGCCCCUACCAAGCUGGCAGCUCUCUGGUUCCCUGAUCACCAGAGGGCCACAGCUAACAUGAUGGCUUCCAUGGCUAAUACUGUUGGGCUGCUCUUAGCGAAUAUCUUCUCUCCAAUGAUACUUAGUUACACCAAUACUCUUUUCAUGCUGCUCUUGAUAUAUGCUAUACCUGCCACCAUAGCCUGUUUCCUAGCAACAGUGGGGAUCCGUGAACGCGUUCCCCCCACACCCCCUUCUGCCAGCAUGGUGACCUCCAGCUCUGAACCUUUUCUACAGGGGGUGAAACUGCUGCUGACAAACAAAGCAUAUGUGUUCCUGCUGGUGUGUUUUGGUUCAGGAAUAGGGGUAUUCACUUGCUUUUCCACCUUACUGGAGCAGAUACUUUGUGUUAAGGGCUACACAAAUGACUUUGCAGGACUGUGCGGUGCAGUUGCUAUUGUAUUCGGUGUUUUGGGUGCUUUUCUCCUCGGCCUGUACGUGGACAAGACCAAGAAGUUUACAGAAGUCACUAAAAUAAACAUGUGUCUGACAUCACUGGGCUGCUCGGUUUUUGCGGUGGUUUCCCAGUUAAGUGAGCAGAAGUUCAUCAUUGGUGCAGUAUGUGCGUGGUUUGGAUUCUUCGGGUACUCUGUAUAUCCCAUCGCAAUGGAGCUCGGAGUUGAAUGCUCGUACCCUGUGGGUGAAGCAACAUCCUCUGGAUUGAUCUUUGUGUCUGGACAAAUUCAGGCUGCCCUUUAUCUGCUCCUGCUACAAGCUCUGGCCAAACCAAUGGCAGAAUCUCCAUUAUCUGUAUGUGCUACCGGAACAGAUGCCAAUUUGAGCUGGACAGUUCCAGUGCUGGUGAUGGCAGGCCUGUGUACUCUGGGCACCUGCUGCUUUGUUGGCUUUUUCCACACGGAUUACCGGAGACUCCGUGCGGAAGCCACAGCCUCACCAAAUAGAGUGACAAACCAGUCAACAGGAGGAGACACCUGGGCAAACAGCACUGAUGCAUAAAGGGACGGACUGAACUAACGGCAAGAAAAACCACUGAUGACAGUGUUUACGCACACUUUAAAGUCUUUUACCUCAUUAACACUGAAAAUGUGUCUUAAAUGCUACUUUGUUCAGAAAUGGUACCACCUGAACACAAUUAAUGUUACAUAAAACCAAACUCGUUAUGCACAAAAACAUUUUUUUCUGUUAAAGGUAACCAAGACCAAAUGUUUUAUGCAAAUAUUAAUCUCAAAUCAUAAAUGUUUUUAUUGCAAUACAUGGUACAGGGAUUUUCUAACUGUUAUACAUAAUGCAUUAAAUAAUUUUUUUAUAAUGUAGUUAUUUUGAGGUACAUACAGUAUGUUGUUGAAUGUUUAAAGUUGGAAACUAAGGCUUGUAGUUAUUUUAUGAAAUUAGAGAUAUAUUUGAGUGCAAUAAAAUGUCCCUAGGACUAACUUUCUACCUAAAGUAGGAGUAGAAAUGAAGGAUUGCUGGAAUAACCACCACGGAUUAAAAAAAAGAGUGAGACUUUUUCUUGCAAUUCUGAGUUUACAUCUCACUUUU